GGGAUCCACAUAUCGACGGGAAACAGUACUCAACGCAACACCGGUGAACCGGAAGUACUCCUCUCACAGCAUGACCUCUUCGCUAGUGCUGACAGAGCUCUAUGAAUGACCGAAGUGAUGCGCUCAUGGUGUAAUCUGUAAAGCCAAACUGACUCUCCUCUCUGCGGUGGGAUAAACGUGACAGUGAACGGGACAACCACAAUGAGCACCAUGUUCGCAGACACUAUCCUGAUCGUGUUCAUCUCGGUGUGUACCGCGCUGCUGGCAGAAGGGAUUACCUGGGUUUUAGUGUAUCGCACUGAAAAGUACAAGAGGCUAAAGGCUGAAGUGGAAAAACAAAGCAAAAAACUUGAGAAGAAAAAGGAAACCAUCACAGAAUCUGCAGGACGUCAACAGAAGAAGAAAAUUGAAAGACAAGAAGAGAAACUGAAGAACAACAACAGAGACUUGUCUAUGGUGCGCAUGAAGUCCAUGUUCGCCAUCGGCUUCUGCUUUACAGCUUUGAUGGGCAUGUUCAACUCCAUCUUUGAUGGAAGAGUAGUGGCCAAGUUGCCAUUCGUGCCGCUCUCCUACAUCCAGGGACUGUCGCAUCGCAACCUGCUGGGCGAGGAUUACACUGACUGUUCCUUUAUCUUCCUCUACAUCCUCUGCACCAUGUCCAUCAGACAGAACAUUCAGAAGAUGCUCGGUCUGGCGCCCUCCAGAGCUGCAACAAAACAGGCUGGAGGCUUCCUGGGACCUCCUCCUCAGGCAGCCAAGUUUUCAUAAACAUCAGACGUGUUCAACAGUGCUGUUUCUGCACUGCGACUGUGACUGUGUGCAGUCAUGGCUCCCUCAUCAGAGCAUAGACAGAACUGAUUCUGCAGUGCUGGAGCGUCAUCUGUUGCAGCUACUGUCUCACUACCUUCUGUUGGAUUUCUCAUUCAUGUUUUGUUUAUUUAACUUUAAGAUUGUCUCACUUAGAAAUUAGAUUAAUUAAAAUAGUUCUUAUUGAUUACCAAAGGAUACAAAUGUCUACCUUGUAUUCAGCACAUGCCAUACAAUGUUUUGAUAUUUUAAUGAUUAAUUGGCACAGUAACAUCUGAUCCAUUUAUCAGUAUUAUUUUACGUCAUCGUCUGUAUCCUUAUUUCUUACAUAUUAAUAAAGUUUUAUGAUUACUCCUUUA